AUGAUCGACCCCCUUGUCUUCUUCGCCAUCUCCGAUGACGCUAUCCUCGGCAAGCCCCACACCCUCCUCUUCCUCCGCCGCCUCCGCGAUGCCUUCUCCUCGUCGACCGCCCUCCGACGCCGCGCCGCGGCUGUGGGAGGCGACGGCUCCGACUCCCUCCCCCACCUCUGCCUCCAGGAGAAGAAAUGUGGGAAGGGGAAGCGUAAGAUGGUGAUUUCGGCCGGCAAUCGCGACAUUGUUGAUUCCGACCCUGGAAAUGGUGGGUCGAGAAUGGUGCAUAAAGUGUGGCGGCAGCACGUUCGGGCAAUAAUCCUCAUCGAUCUCGUGGUGUGUUGCCUCCUCCUAGGGGUUUGGGUAUCGAUCUGUAAGGGUUUUGAGUGCAUCACCAAAUGA